UACGUUCUCUACGAAAUGUACCAGUACUAAAAAUGCAUCAUCACUCUGCAACCAUCGAACACAAAUACCUGGGUAUAAGAAAACCAACUUCCAAACUCUACUUUUACUAUAACCAACUUUUGUAUACCCGAGGAGAUGUGCCGUUCAGUAUGCAGUAGAAGAAAAGCUAAGGUACCUGUUGUCUUUGCUAUUGACAGUACGGUUAAGGUGUCUGACGGGUAUGUGGAAGUCAUGACAUUUAAUCUACUGUUUACGCCAUCAUUGUUCCUCGAGCCAAAGGUUUCUAAGUCGAAACGCAAGAUAUCAGGGAAUGCAUGCGAGCGCGAUGGUAUUUGCAGGUGCGUGUAUGCCCGUACCUUUGAUGUCUUUGUAAAUCUGCCUGCCUCGAAGAUCUGUAUGUCCUUCGACGCGAAGACGAAACCUAUUCGUCAAUUCACGAGGGCGCCGAACAGAGGAAAAACUGUGUUCCAGAAUGCAAUUCAAUGCACAAAUUACUAUACACUAUACACGUUUUCGCCCGCAUUCUCAUGCUCCUUUCUUCGGCACCCCAGUAUGCAGUCUCCAAAGCAGAACGCCAAUCCAUCGUAAACGCCGUGACAGAGUAUAUCCUUCAGCUUCUAUCCUUUCUCAA